GCAACAGCAAAUCCAGGAGACGCUCUUCUAAAGCACAGUAUUGAAGUUUGUAUAGUUUGCAUUCGUCUACUCUCUCUUUUUUUAAAAAAAAAAAAAAAAACCUCUGUUAAGGAUUUUCUUCUAGACACUCUCUCUUUUGUUUUUGCUGAAUCUAAUCAAGGAGUUCUUCAAAAGAAGUGGUUGGAAAUGGCUGUUUUGAUGAGAACAAAUCUCUUUUGAUCAUGACUGACACCAGAAAUGUUGCAGAGUUCUUCUUCUUUCACUUUUCUCUACUUUGAAGGAUAUUCCUUCAUUUCAGUCACAACAAUGGUCUCCCAGAGCUUGACUCUUUAAGCGGAUUGCUUUGUUUUGGGGGGAUUUCAAGGCUGCAGAAAUCCAGCACCUGGACUAAACUGAUGUCCACAAUUGGCUGUCGUUCCUAUUGUGGUGUUUUUGUGGAUGACUCACUCAGGGGUAAUUUUCCAGUUUGCUAACGCUCGCCAUGCUGGAGCACCCUCCAUGUGUCCGGAUUGACCCUGCCCCUUUCAGGCCUCAGCCAAUCAGAUGCAACAUGGAUAAGCCAGAUAUGCGUUUUGAGUUAGAGCGCCAAGCCUGUCAGAGUCUCAGACAAGUUCUUCAGCUGAAGUUGCAGCAGAGAAGGAGCAGAGAGGAGCUCGUCAGCCAGGGGAUCAUGCCACCACUGAAAACUUCAGCUGCCUUCCAUGAACAGAGAAGGAGUUUGGAACGGGCUCGGACGGAAGACUAUCUCAAGAGAAAGAUCAGGAGUCGACCAGAGAAAUCUGAACUGAUCAGGAUGCACAUCUUGGAGGAGCCGUUCCUUCAGGUCAAGCAGCUGAAGAAAGCAUGCCUCGCUGUUGAUUUGAAUGAUAAGAUUGCCCAGAGGCCAGGGCCCAUGGAGCUGAUCCAUAAAAACAUUCUACCCGUUCACUCCAGUAUUAAACAAGCCUUCAUAGAGACGCAGUUUCAAAGAGCCUCGGGAGAGAACUCUUCAUUUGAUGAGGACACUAAUGACAGUCUGUCUCCAGAGCAGUCCACGUCUGUCAGUGAGGAGGGUUGUUCGUUGGGCCUGGGACCUCUGCCCACUCCAAAGGAAACACAGACAGGCCAUGGCAUCCCGUCUCCUACACAGGUCCCACCUACAGCUCCUUCUCUCCUACCAACCUCUGGGUCACCCAUUUCACUCAAGCUGACCAAUGAGACAGGGGCGUCAUCUCUCCUGAGGACAGGUGCCAACAAGCCACAACCCAAACCAAACUGUGACCGCUCUGGCCUGAGACACAAGAAAACCAAGGACAAACCAAAGAUAAAAAAGUUAAAGUACCAUCAGUACAUCCCUCCUGAUCAGAAGGGAGAUAAAGAGCCUCCUCCUCAUCUGGAUUCAUCCUAUGCCAAGAUCCUCCAGCAGCAGCAGCUCUUCUUGCAGCUCCAGAUCCUCAGUCAGCAGCAGCAGCGCUACCACACCAUCCUCCCUGCACCAACUAACAGAUCCCAGACAGCUCAGCAGCCAUCUUCCUCCUCUAAGUCCAUGCACACCUCCUCCUCCCCACCUCGACCUGCUGGUGCACCUUUAGACUUCUCUAAACAUUUGGUCCACACCUGUCUAAGUUCUGUCCCGCUAGGUGGAACCAAACCAGUGUCUCUGCCUCCAAACCUCGAUGAAAUGAAGGUUGCGGAACUGAAGUCCGAAUUAAAGCUGCGUAACUUGCCCGUCUCCGGCACCAAAAACGACCUCAUUGAGAGGCUGAGGACAUAUCAGGAAUUAAGCCGAGGCAGUGACACUACCUCGUCUCCAACAGCAGGGUGUACCACAGGGCCAGGGGCUGAAGGAGCAGGAAAAUCAUCCAAGAGCGCUGCAAUCAUCAUCACCACUGAAGCGGGCAGCAGUGGGAGCCUAAAUGCAGCAAAACCUCAACAGUUCAUGACCUGCAAUGGGAGCCUUGCCUCUUCAGCUGUCUCCUUCAUUCCCUCACCGACUGCCAUGAGUCCAGAAGACACCAGUUUUAACAGUGACCUCUUAGGGGAGCUGAUGAGUUCACCUCUCAACCAAUUGAGCCUCCAGCCAUCUUCAGUUGCUCAGCUCUCCACAAACGUUAAAGAGGAGCCUCGAUGCUCGACUCCCACUCCUUGUCAAUACUCUUUAAAGUCUGCCUCUCUUCAAAGACGCUCCUCAGUAUCUUCAGGUGUCCCAGCCACUACGAGCACAGCUCCUGUACUGAGUGUUGAUAAAGACAGAUUGCUGCAGGAGAAAGAUAAGCAGAUAGAGGCACUGACCAGGAUGUUGUGGCAGAAACAGAGAUUGGUGGAGGUGCUAAAAAUGCAGCUGGAAAAUGGAGACAGAGGAAAGGCUCCAGAGCCAAUCAGUCCUCUCGGGGUAAAAGAAGAACCUCUCGAUGAGCCCGAUGUUGCCUUCUCAAUGGACUUUGAUCGAUUUCCCUCGCAAAAAUCACCUAUUUCACAAGAGAUGGAUAUUACCAAGGUAAUUGUGAAACAGGAAGUAAUCGAGGAAGAAGAAGUUAAACCUGAGAAAACUUUCCAAUCCCCAAUCACUCAUGGAUUGCCGCAGUCCUCAACCCAAACACAGGAGGAGCAUCUGGCUCAACAACACAUCAUACAGAAAGUCCUGCUACAGCAGCAGCAGCACAACAUCCAGAAUCAGACGCUGGAGAAUCAGCACGACCUGCAGAAACUUUGUCAGCAGAGAAAGAAAAAAUCUCAAAACCAGCAAAAGCAGCUCCUGCUGCAGUCACAACAGCAGCAUCAGCAGUCAAAGCACGUGCAACAGAUGCAGCUGAAGCAACAGCUUCUGCUGAAGCAACAAAAGUCGCAUAUGUUGCCACAGCAAAUGAAGACUAAACAACAGACUAAACAACUACAGCAAAUUCAGAUUCAGACCAAAAUACAGCUGAAGCAGCAACAGGUGCCCAAACAGCAGAUGAAGCAGCAGCAGCAGCCAUCGAAGGUGCCUCAAGCAUACCUGAAACAGCAGUCAGGCUCAAGUGCCUCUUUCUCACUUGACUCCACCCCAACCCUGGUCACUGACACCAACGGUAACCAUUUUCUGAUCGCGCUGACCAAUCACCUUACUGGAAACAAAAUAAAGGACCCUGCUGAGGGAAAAGCAACCAAUCACAUUACACUGCAGCGACUCCAGUCUACUCCAGCCAAACAUCCAGGCCACAACCCUGUUAAGCUGACCAGAGCUGAUAGUAAAGCUCAGCAAAGCAUGCAAGUGAAGUUUGUGAAAAAGCACACUAAGAAUGGACUACUUCAAGUGUCUGUAGAAAAACCACACCAGGGCACAGCUCAGUGUUUGUCAGCACCACCCAGUCUACAGCCAUUCUUCAGGGACCAAGAGCCUGCUCCCUCAGGAAAAACCACCCCUUCAUCUCCUUCUCAGGGUGAGGUGUGCCUAAAUCUGGACGACUUGUUUAGUCCUGUAUCUCCGGCUUCUGUUCAGACAGCAGCCUCAUCUCCCGAUGAUAAAGACACAGAUCAUGAAGAUGAUUUCAUUGACAUCAUCUUGCAGAGAGGAGAAACUUCCUGUAAGCCUCCACCAGACCUCUCUCUGAACCGCCUUAAUCGAGACUCCUCUGCUUGUUCACUUCCUCCCUCGCCACUUCAGGUAUUGCUGCCCCUGUCUCCCCCCUUUCCCCCAAGCUGUGGCACUCCACACCCUGACCCCUCUUUGCAGCCUGAGCUUCAAACUGUGGCUGACACCACAGGACAGAAACAACACCUUAGUCAUGCUGAAAGUGGGCGCCUUGAGGACUUCCUCGAAAGCACCACUGGAAGGCCUCUUCUCGGGGUGGAGCCCGGAGGUCUACUUAGCUUGAUUGAUGACCUUCACAACCAAAUGCUGUGCACUUCCAGCAUUCUGAACCACCCCCUUUCUCCCAUGGAUACCUCAGACACGGCGUCAUGGGAGCAAGGGCUAGACAGUAUGGACUGGUUGAAUCUUACCACAGAAAGAGAUAGAGAAGAGGAAAGUCCAUCACUGGCUCUCCAAACUCCACCUAGUGUCUUUUCCACAGACUUCCUGGAUAGUUCUGACCUGCACAUACAUUCGGAAUUCUCCCUAUAGCCUAGAGCAACUGGAAAACUGAUAUCCUAUGUAGAUGGGUGCAGUUACUCAUUAUCCAGUCACUUAUACAUAAAAACAUGCAACUGAUUGCUGAGGUUUCAGUAUUUGAUUAGGGCACUUAGUCUCUAUGUUCUCAUACAUUUGGAAAUUGGAUCUUCAAGAGCUUUGACCUUUGUUUAUUUGUUUAUAUUUUGCUGCACUGAUUUUGAUGCUCUUAUUAGGCAGGUCCUAUAUCUGUUAGUGCAUCUUUAGCAAAGGUCUUGUUGACACUUUUGUGCUUUUAACUCCAACAUAAUCCCCAAAAAUAUAAAUUACUCUUAUCUUGUCUUACCAUAGACACAGUGUUCAAGUAAAGAGGUAUGAAAACUUACUUGAUAUUUGUCUAAUGACAAUGCAAUCUCCUUGCUUGUAAUUUAAACAGUAAUCAAUAACCAAAGUUAAAGGAGAAACUUUUAAGAUCGAUACCAAUAUUGGGUGAAUUUAAAAAUGAGAUAUUCUGAUAUAUCGGCUGAUAUUUUUUCUCCUUUCAGGCACAGAAAACACAAACAGAUUUCCUCGAUAGUUGCUAUGUGUAGUUAUUUAUUUACUUGUUUGUACAUUGCCCAACUCUGCUUGGACUAGUUGGACAUCAAUGCAACACUGAUGUUGCAAACACAUUUACUGCCAAAAGGGAAGUUGCAAGCGCCCUUUGUUGGGCAAACUAUGCAAAUUCAAACCCACAUAACAUGGUCGAAGGGUGUUUCUCCCUUCUCUUCUUUACUUUCAAAUUUUUCAGUCAUCAGCCAAUAAAUGUAGAUACCAAUAGAUCAUCAAAUAUCUAAUGCUGGCUAAUAAUAGUGGGAUUUACAAUGACUGUAGCUCCAUGUUAUGGAAAUAACUUUGGAUAUUUUGCAGGCUACAGCCAUGAAAGUGUUACUACUGUAUUUAGUGCUAGUCAAACUUACACACAUUAUGUAUGUGCUACUGCUCUGGAACUUUUCUCUGGAUUUUUCAAGGAUUCAUUCCCAUGAAAAAUCAAACUGUUGAUAUUUUACAAGCAUUUUCAUGCUAAUAUUUUAUAAGUGUUGCGGUACAGGAUACAUGUAUCUCCAGAAUUAAGUACAAAAAUCAUCCAAGCAUAACAUCAAAACUUAGGUACACAUUUAGCUUAUGCAAAAUGUUUGGAACAAUCAUGACUUAUUACAUCAAAAUCAACAGUGUUACAAUAAAGGGAGUUUAAAGGCUGCAUUUGGCUUAAGUCCCACAGUAUAGUGGAGAAAAAAACAGUGACAGUGUUGGUAUUAAAUGUUGGUUUUAAAAACCUAGACUGCACAGCACUGUUUGCAUUUGAAUUUAUAAAACUAUGCAAAAAAAAAAAAGAAAAUAGAAAAUUGAUUGUGACAGGAGAGUUAUGGAAGGAAACUACUGAAAAUUGUUGAUAGUUUCACUCACAGCCCAGCUUCUCCUAAAGAAAUAUUAUAUACAUUAUAUUAGGGGUGGGCGAUAUAAACGAUAUAC